AUGUCCACCCCUACCACCACAACCACAAACUCCGCCCUCGCCCUCUCAGCCCUCACCUCGCUGGGCGGCGCAAUCGGGUACGCGCGCACCGGGUCGAUCCCCUCCAUCGCAGCGGGUGUCUCCGUCGGCGCGUUGUACAUGCUCAGCUUCGCGCGGCUGCGCGCGGGCCAGUCGUACGGCGAGGAGGUGGGUCUGCUGGCGUCGGCGGUGCUGGGGGGCAGCUCAAUUCCGCGGGCGAUUAAGACGGGGUUUAAGCCUGUCCCGCUGGGAUUGUCAUUGUUGGCGACGUAUGGGGCUGUUGUUUUUGGGCUUGCCUUGAAGGAUCGACGGGUUUGA